UUAGAAUGAUUUUUACUUUUUUGGUGGGAAUUAUCCUUGAAAUUUUCUUAAACUUGUUAGUUUCUGCGCAAUUAUUUCCAGGAUAUGAGCCUGAUGGAACUUGUACGAUGGGGAGAUGCCUCCAAACAAGUCAAAUAUGCGAUAGAAAUACAAACAAUUGCUGUAAGCUUUUAAUAGUUUUUGAGAGAAAAAAUUAA